UGCGAGUGGGAGACGCAGGGAGACAGGAAGGGUUCAUCGACUGCGACAGGAUAGCGGAAAGACUGAGUUCGUCAACUGCAGAAUAUAAGGUUUUUUGCUGUCCAUCAAUCAGGGUUUCCCACAACGCACCGGACCCCCAUCUCGGGAAUAUGUAGAUGGUGAGCAGAAUGAGGGCUAAGAAGGCGGGUGUUAAUCUGGAAAGUGAUUAAAUUAGUGCGACGUAAUUAGAGGAGAUGCUUUUCUCGUUGAUCCUACGCUCGAGAAUUUACCUAAUGUAUCUGUGGAGAUAGUACAUGACGGGAUUGAACUUGCGACCUUUUGCAAGUUCCUUCAGGAAAAGAUAGGAUGUGAGGAAGCCGCUGAGGGUGAAAAAUGUGUCCACUGCGAAGGGUGCUAUGGCAAUGUAAAUCGACCCCCAUGACUGCAACCACUGGAAAAUUUGAUCCUGAAAUCAUUGACACAAGAGUUUAUCGACAUGGGGCAGUUCAACCUGCGUUGGAAUAAUCACAUUACCAACAUUCUCCAGGUGUUUGGAGAGCAUUUGUCAUCAGAAUCUCUCGUUGACGUAACGUUAUCCUGCGAAGGACGAUUUAUCAAGGCGCAUAAAAUUAUUUUGUCAGCAUGCAGUCCAUAUUUUCAGUUUCUUUUACUUCAGGAGUUAUUUGAAAAUCAUUCGUCAAAACACCCAGUCAUUAUUUUAAAUGGCGUCAAGUACGAGGACCUACAGUCUAUGAUUGAAUUUAUGUACAAUGGAGAAAUCAGAGUCGAAGAGAGUGAAUUGACUGACCUACUGAGCAUUGCUGAGGCCCUCCAGGUCAAGGGCUUAUGUAACGUGAGGGACAGGAAGAGUAGGGGAAGUGACAAGCCAGAAGACCUGAAAUCAGAUACAAAACUCGAUUCUCCUGCCUCGAGACACGAUCUGAAACGACCCAAGGCAAUUAAUCCAAAUUCUAAAUUGCAGGAAAAUGAUGUUGAUGAAGAAAUCGAGAAGAAUCGACCGAAGAAACGUCGGAAAAUGUCUCACACAGUGAAUGAAAUGGCAAAGGAGACAACAUUCACCAGUUACCAGACGAUCUCCCUGGAGCCAGAGAAAGCCCCCACAACCCCAGAGCCCGUUCCCCCAGCAAUCAGACUUCCCAGAGCCCCCAACGAGGAACGAAAAAAAAAACAAGUUAACACUAAACUGAAAUCCCGAGAACGACAGACUGUAAUUUACGGCGAAAAUGGCCCGGAAAAGAUUCGUCGGCCGCCGAAUGCCUUCAUGAUCUUCGCCAACGAGUGGCGACGAAGACUGGCUAGUGAAAAUCCUCGAGAAAGUAACACCGCAAUUUCCGUGAGGCUCGGGGCUAUGUGGAAGGACUUGACCAACGAAACCAAAGACUCGUACUAUGCCCUCGCCAAGAAGGUCGACGAGGAGCACAAGAGGAAGUACCCGGGGUACUUUUAUAGCCCCAAGGUUGCGAGAAUGAGAAAAAACAUGAAGAAUGAUCUGAUGCUGACCAGAUGUCUUCCACCCAGUGGCAAGGGGACCUACGACGCCGAUCCUCUUACAUUCAGUCAGGUUCAUAUGAAUGAAAGUGAUACUUAUCCUCAAUCAGAGGGGAAAAGUCAUUACAAUGAGAGAAAAAUUUACUUCAAGGACAUUCCGGAGGUUCACUGUGACGAGGGAGUUUUCUUCGCUUGAAUUAACUAAUUUUAUAAUUGAAGGUGAUAAGCAAUAAACAUUGCGUACUGCUUUAUAUUUUUGACCUCUUAAUGUCAAUUGGUUUAUACGGAGUUUAUAUAUUUUUCAUACUUGUUGCGUUUGCAAUUUAUCGUUUAUUAAAAGUUGUUUUUAUUUAUGAUUCUACUGUUAAUGAUAAAUCGUUCAUUGUUGGAACAAAUGUCAAUGGAUCUAUGAGUAUUAUUUCAUUUGUGAAUGGGCUCAAGAGGCCAGAUGCUACUGACACAAUAAUUUUACUGAACAAAUUGAAAAUUGAUAAAAAAAUCAAUAUAUAUAUUAUAUAUGUCCUAUGUAAAUGUUUUGAACUAAAAUAUGAUUGAUGUUGCUCAACAAAACUGAAACCCUGAAAAGUAUUGUUUAUAAAGUGGAAAGUUAUGAAUGAAAAA